AUGGAUCUUCUUGAAUCCUUCUCGUCUGGAAAAGAAGACAGUGAAUUUAUAUCUGGUGUUAUUGGUCAAUCCGUGACUUUACCAUGUUACUAUAACAUGACGGAUUUCAUUUGGAUCGCAUGGUACAAACAAAUAAUGGGAAAGAAACUGCAGCUUAUUUCGAAAAUGUUUAGAUACCAACAAAACAAGAUUUUUUUUCACAAAUUAAACACCAAUUCUCAUUUCAAUGUGGAAAGUGAAAAACAAAAGUAUCACUUAAAAAUUUUAGACCUACAAGAGUCUGACUCUGCUACAUACCACUGUGCCUUUAGCUUUCAUACGUCAUUAGAUUUUAUAAAGGUCAUUACAGUCAAUGUAAAAGGUUCAGAUUUAACCAUCCAGGCUUCAGUGGAUCAGUCGUCCUCUGAGAACCUCCAUGCAGGAGACUCUGUGACUCUGAACUGUACAGUACACACUGGGAGCUGUGAUGGAGAACACAGAGUUUACUGGUUCAAAGACUCUGAAGACUCUCAUCCAGGACUCAUUUACACUCAUGGAGGCAGGAAGGAUCAGUGUGAGAGAAAGAAGAACACAAAAACACACAGUUGUGUCUACAAUCUCCACAUGAAGAAUCUGAAUGAGUCUCAUGCUGGGAUCUACUACUGUGCUGUUGCCUCAUGUGGACACAUACUGUUUGGAAACGGGACCAAACUGGAAUUUGCUGCUCCUCUGAACUCUGUGAUUCUUCACACUUUGGUUGGAUUAUUGACCAUCAUGAGCGUUCUUGUUGUUUUUCUGCUUUUUCUUCUGUGGAAGAUCAACAAGAGAAAAAACUGCACCUCCACAGAAGAAAGAUCACCUGCUGCCCCCUUAAGAAGCUCAGAGGUUGAGAACAAAGACACAGAAAACCUUAAUUACGCUGCUUUAAAUGUGAAGAGGUCCAACAGAUCAAGAAGACAGAAGAACGACUCCAACACAGACUGUGUUUAUGCCAGUGUGAGACAACAGAACUAA